CUGCGAGCAUCACCGCUCCCUCUCCCGCCGUAAUGGCGCCAACUCUCAGAAAGCGGUUUCGGAGUCGGAGCUCCCAAAACCUAAUCCGAUCUUCGCUCAAGAUUGGGGAACGGAUUCGGAUCCUAAAAGGGGAAAGGUUCCCCGUAAUGUCAAUCCGCUUCUGAGGAGAGAGAAUGACGAAGGUUUGGAGCUUCGAUCACCUGAUCAGAGCUCGGAUCAGUCAGUGGUGCUAGCGGUGGUGGCGGAAACGGAAUCGAAAUGUGAAAAACUCAAUUGUACUCUGAAUUCACUUGUGAGGAACAAGAAGAGGCGGAGGAGAGAGAAAGAAGAAGAAUUGAGAAAAGAGAAGAAGAUGGAGAUGAGCGAAGAGAGAGAAACUGAUGCGGAUCCGAUAACGGAGGAUUUGUUGAGGAUGGCUGUAAAGAGGCAGAUGGAGAGGAGAGAGGAGAGAGAGGAGAAGAAGAGGAGAGAGGAAAGGGAGGUGCAGAAGAGAAGUGAGGAGAAAAUUGAGGUUAGGAGACAUCUUCGUAAUGGAGUGAUGGCAAUUUCAUCUCCGGUGAAUAAUUCGAGCAAUGUGGUGCAGAUCAUUGAUAGGAAGAUAGGAUUAGAGAAGAUAGGAUUAGGGUUUAAUGAGGGUUCUUCCUUCAAGAGGCGAUUUCGGUCGAAGAAUGCAGAGCCUGAACCUAUUGGAGUGGUUAAGAAGCUCGGUAGGGUCUUAGGAAGGAGCAAGAAUACUUGCCAUGGACGCGGAAAGAGCACAAACUGCAAGAGGAAAGGCUGCAACACAUGCAAGCCUAUGGGAGCCAUAGAUGCACCAUUUGAGAAAUCCACUAAUGGCCAGAGUAAGGUCAGCAGAAUCAGAUACGCUGAUUCUUCUAUUUGUCAACUGCUGCCUGUACUGAAACAACCCAGCUGGGAACAGAUAUUUGAAUUGGAAACAGAAGCAAAUAACCAAGAUAGAAGAUUAGCCAGUGUUCAGCUUCAAGUGGUAGAGUGCAGUGAUGAUGUGCGAUUUAAGUGUAACUACUGCAGAACAUCAAUUGUCGACUUACACAGAAGCUGCUCAAAAUGUUGUUACAAGCUGUGCCUGAGUUGUUGCCGAGAAAUUCGUGAGGAAAGCCUGGCUGAAGGGGCUAAGAUGGUAUCUCACCAAGAUAGCAUAUUCAUCAUAUUACAAAAUUUUAGCGUUUGA